AUGACGGAGCCAUACGUGGUGGUGGGGCUUCAGUACUGCCUCCCGUACGAGACGGUGCUUAUAUUGAGGAAGAAGAUGUGGUCGCUGCACGGCAAAGCGGACGUAUACGACACGCAAGGCCGCCUCUUUUUCAAGACCAAGAUAAAGGCGUUCUCGUGGCGCAACCGCAAGACAAUCUUCAACGCCCAGGACGAGCCGGUGUGCUCGCUGACCAGCAAGGCCUUGUCGCUGCACGACGAGACCUACCUGUGCCCGGGCGCCAGCGUGGAUAAACGUGAUGCGCUCCUCACUGCCCGGAGCAAGUUCUUCUCGUGGAAACCCAUUCUCAAUAUCUUUCUGAAAGGGAACUCCUUCGACGACAGGCCGGACAUUGUUCUCAAAGGCGACUUUUUCCAACACAAGUUCACUAUCACCACGAGUACCGGGCUUCUGUUGGCAGAGUUUAAGAGGGACAUCUUUUCGGCCGAGGAGUUUCUGAGAUACGCAGUGCGCAUCAAGCCGAACGCUGAUACGGCUCUCGUUAUAGCGCUCGUUGGAAUGGCGGAAUCCAUCUUUCUUCAGGAGGAUAAUGGUGGUGGUGGUGGUGGUGGUGGUUGA